AUGAUCCUAAAAGGGGAGAUAAUCAAAUCUAAACAAAAAGUUUAAUUCAAAAUCUCUUAACUACCGAAAGAAAGCUAGUUAAACUUAAAGAAUAUCAAAAUUUUUUUAUCAGAAGUUGAUAUCAAUGAAGAAUAUUAUGAUAAAUCUCAAGUUUUAUCAGAAGCAGCAUUAUAAUAUUUUUCUGCCAUUGGAUUCAACUAAAAUUUUGAUUUGUCGAAUGCUAAGUAAUGGAUAAAAUCUUAGAAUUUGAUUGAACUUACUUAUGUAUUAAAAUGGAUAUACAAUAUAUCUUCAGAUGAUGAUAAAGAAUAAAUUGAAAUUGUUUUUGAUUCAAAAGAUGAUAUUGUUAAACGCAUAAUAUUACUAAAUGUAGCUCUAGAAUAGAAAAAGGCAACAUCUCUACCCCUUGAUCUUGUUAAUAAUAAUGAAAAAUGUGAAACUUUGUAUGGGUUAUCUCUGAAUAUUUAAAAAUAAAUGGAAAAUCAGGAUGUCAAUUUACUUGUACCUCUUCUAUUAAAAAUGGUAAAAUGUAGUAACUAAUCAGCAAUCAAACAAUUAAUCUUAAUAGAUUUAUUUGACAAAGUUUUUUCUAAAUUUCCUAAUCAACAAAAUGAACUCUUUAAAUAGAUUUAAAGCAACAAUAUCUUUCAAUAGUAAAAUUGGGAAGAAGAAUUUUAAGAUUUUAUAUAAUAAGAAUUAGAAAUGCCUUACUUUUAUUUUCGAAAAACAAAAAAGGUUUAUCAAUUCACAAAUCAGGACUACAAUAUUAUUCUAAAUAAUUUUAAAAAAUGGGAAAAAAUUUUAACAGAAUAAUUAUAAGAAAAGGUCAGUCCAGAUGAUUUUUUUUAGAAUAUUACAUAAGAUGAAAAUAAGGAGGAUGAAAUUUAAGUAGGGAUAAAACGUUAAGGAACGAAUAGGAAAAAAAUAAAAGUUGUUUAAAAAGAUCCUAAUGAAGCUUGUGUUAGAGGUGGAUUAUCCAAGAGCGUGGUUGUCCAAUAACCAGUUAAGUAAAACCUAUUUUAAUCAAAUGUAGAAUCUAAAACUAAUAGUUCAAAUGGUAAUCUAGAUUCUUAAAAUAAUCAACUUCCUCCUUCAUAAGUAACUCCAACCCCACCUCCUCCACCUAAGAAUGGAAUUCCUAAUCCACCUCCACCACCUCCUCCCCCUACAAAAGGAAUUCCUAAUCCACCUCCACCACCUCCUCCACCUACAAAAGGAAUUCCUAAUCCACCUCCACCACCUCCUCCACCUACAAAAGGAAUUCCCAAUCCACCACCUCCACCUGCAAAUGGAGGACCAUUUGCUCCUUUACCUAUUUAAAUUGUUGCUCCUACUUAUAGUAAAUUUAAAUUUCCAGCUAUUGAAAAAGAUAUCGAUAGUACUAUCUGGGCUGCUAAACUUUAAGAUUUUGAAGUUUAAGUCAAUUAGGGUAUUCUUAAAUAUUUCUUCCAAAAGGAGAGAUAGAAAGAAUCCAAAGUUGUUCAAAAAAAAAAGGUCUAAAAUGAAGCAGUUUAAAUUUCACCAUCAAUUUUUAAGGAUGAGAUGGGAAUUUAAUUACUAUAAAAAACUCUUCAAAAAUUCAAUUUAAAAGAAGUGAUGGAAUAAAUAAAUGAACUUGAAUUCCUCUCUAAAAUUCAAGAUAACUAAGUGAGAUCAAUCGUUGAUAAUCUCAAUUUAUUCAUGAUAACUUAAGAAUAGGCUUUAAAUGUUGAAUUCAAUAUCAAAAAGGCAAAAAGAGAAAGUGAAUAAAAAUAGCAGGAAGAAAACACUUUAGAGAAAAAUGAGAUAGAGAAAUUAUAGAGCCUGUAAGGUGAAGAAAAAUAUUAGGCUCUUUUGGAGUUUGAUUAAAAUUUAAAUAUUUUAUAUACGGAUAUUGAAGAUUAAUGUAAAGAAGAAGAAACUUAAUUAAUUAUUACAUAACUAGAAAAAUAAUUGGAAUAGUCAAGAAUUGAUAGUUAAAAUUUAUAUUAGAAACAACCAUAAAAUAAGUUAGAAUUACAAGAAAAGGAAGAAGAAAUACUUAAAAAAUAUGAAAAUGCACUUUUAGAAAAACAUUAGUUCCUAAAAUCAAAAAAAAAAAUAUAAGAUAAAUAUUAGGUUCAUCCAAACGAUCUUUUUCUCAAAGAUUUAUAUGAUAGAAAUCCUCGAAACGGAGUUAAGAUUGAGGCUUUUUACAAAGAGCAUUUAGAGCGUAAAAUUCACAUUGAAAACACAGUUACAGAUUAUAGAGAAAUUUUUGGUGAGCUCAAAAAGGAUGAAGAAUUGAUAUUGUAUUUCUAAUACAUAAAAUAAUACGGAAAAAUAUUCAAUAAUAUUAAAAAUGAUAAAUUUGGUUAUAAAUUUGAAAAUAUACUUGCAUUUUCAUAUAAAACUUAAUAAUUAGAAGGCAAUUAGGAAGAAUUAAUAAGGUAUAUUGUAGCAAGCAUGAUGGAAUAAAAUACGAUAUUAGAAAAAGUAAAUAGCAUGAUCAAUCAAAAUGUGCCUUAUGAAUAAUUAGAAAACAUGGUGAAUUAAUGGAAAGAAUCAAAAAGUACGAUGAAUUAAAAGGAGUCUUCAGAAAGCUAAAACUGCAAUACGAGAAUGCUUGAAAAAUUAAAAAAACUGAUUAAUCAAAAAAUGCCAUAUCAUUAAUUAGUAAUCAUGAUUAAUUAAAUGAUGCUGUUUAAAAAAUUGGAAGAAACUCCUUAUAAAAAUCUUCAUGUUUUAUCUUAACAGAAUCGUGCUUUAUCAGAAAUUUAGAAUAUUAUAAAAAUAUAUAAUGAUCAUUAUGAUUGGCUUAGUAAACAUUUAAACAAUUUGAGUAUGAAUGAAGCUAAUAAAAAGUUUGUUGAAAAAGGACGAAAAUAUGCAAAUGUGUAUAAGGAAUAUAUUUUUUAGAUGUAGAUAAUAUAUGAUGAAGAUUCAAAAAAUUUCAAGGAGAUCAGGGACUUUAUGUGUGAUUCAAGAGAAAAAAUUGAAAGCCCUAAGUUCUUUUCUGAUAUUUUGGAAAUAAAAAAUUAAUUGAGAAAUUAUUACUUUGAUAUUAAGAAAAAGAAAACUUAAGAAUUAAAAUUAUCUAGGAGAAAGUGA